CACACACACACACACACACACACACACACACACACACGCACACACACACGCACACACACACACAGUUUGAACCUGUAAGUUACCUGUUUAUAGACUGAUAUGCCAAUGUAACAUUACAGUUAUAAGCACCAGUGCAUGUGUCAUAAAGCCAAAAAGGCAUAGAGAGACAUUUAGCAUAGUGAGUUUUUUUUGUGUAUGUGAGUAUUCAGGAGGAUUAAUGUGGAUUAUAUUCCAGGCUGACUUGCAAAACCUGAUAACAGAAACUAGAUUUUACUAAUAUACAAGCCAAAGAGUGGCAGAUGAAACCCCAUACAUGCCGACAUAGUGAUUAGAUUUGGAUUAAAGAAUGCACACAUACACACACAAACAGCAAAACACCACACAAACAUGUGCAGUCAGCUCUACCUCUAUGCAAACCCUGCCCACUUGUGUUGUACUUUCCUUCACUUGUUCCUUUUUCUUUUUUUCUUUUUACCCACCAUCUGUACGUCUUCUAAUCUGAAAUGUGGGAUUAAAAAGGGUCAUUUUCUUUCUAAUACCCACUCUGCCCACCCCCCCUUUAUUCUCUCAUCUCUCAGCUUGUAAAAGUCUUUUGCAUAAUUUUAUAGUAAGAGGGCAGUCAUGAAUAAACGUGUAAAGAGUCAUGGAAAGGGUAUAAAAUGUGUGAUGCAAAAUGCAGGAUGCGUUAAGGCUGUUCAUUCUUGCUUGACACUGAUAGGAAGAGUUUUUAAAAGGUGAGUGAAAUUAACAUCGAGUCUUAUUGCGUCAUUGUCUGAGUUGGACUUAGUGAGCACUGGACAGUCUGUGCGAUCAGAUAAGAUGAGAUGAGAGUGAUUAAUUACACUGAAAACGUAGAACGAGGACUUUUUGUUGCAUGUAGAAUAUGAGCAUUGCACCGCUCUGUAAAGUAGUUACAUAGAAGGAAAGGAAGAGCAAAAAGAAAAGAAAAAGAGAGAAAGCGAUAACAUUGGAAAGAAAAUCAGACAUAUCUCUGAGGACUAAUGGGAAAUUGCACCAAUCCAGAGAAACACAAAUUAAAGAAGGUAAGGUACCAACCAAGUUUUAAUGCUAUUGUGUGUUUCAGGAUGCAUUUAGAACAGUUAGGAACAUAUUACGGUCUGGCACUUAUUGAACUUAAAACUUUCUAUCCUUUUGCUGUCAUUUUAGCACAAUUUUUGCUUAGAUGUUUGCUCCUAAUCACAUUAUAUGUCUUAACUGAUAUCUGGCCCCACUAUAAGAGUGUACCUGAGAAUAAAGGUUUGACCAAUGUAUCUGGGUCUGGAUCACUUGGACCUGAAGUAUCCGAUGAGGAGAAUGUGGUACACCAUGAGUUUAAGCAGCCUCUGAACGCGUUGCUUCAAAACUGCAAUAUGCUUCACAACAUCGUCGGACCUGCGUGCAUCUUCCUCAGGCAGGCCUUCUCUCAGGCUCAGCUUGAGAGGGAUCUUCGUCCAGAGGAGAUAGAAGAGCUGCGGGAUGCUUUUAAAGAGUUUGACAGGAACAAAGGUUAUGUCAGCUGUAGGGACCUGGGUGAGUGCAUGAGGACUAUGGGAUACAUGCCGACAGAGAUGGAGCUCAUUGGGUUAAGUCAGCAGCUCGGUGGGGGAAAAAUUGACUUUGAAGAGUUCGUAGAACUGAUGGGCCCUAAAAUGCUUGCAGAAACAGCAGACAUGAUUGGACUCAAAGAAUUAAAAGAUGCCUUCAAAGAGUUUGACUCGAACGGUGACGGGCAGAUCACCGUUAGCGAACUGAGGGAAGCCAUGAAGAAACUACUGGGAGAGCAGUUUAACUCGAGAGACAUUGACGAGAUCAUCCGAGAUGUGGAUCUUAACGGAGACGGCCAAGUAAACUUCGAAGAGUUUGUAAGGAUGAUGUCACGUUGAUGGUUCAUCACAGAGGAUCUAUCCUAAACAUUCUAUUAUAAAAAGCUGGAAUCACACAACUACGACUUUUUUUUUAAAUCAAAUUAAAUAAUAAAUAAUUUUAUUUUUUCAGUUUAUCUGUAUGUGAAUGAAAAUAUUUAAUAAAGCAAUUUAUCUUGUUUUACUAAGUUAUGUACUUAUUUGGAUUGAUUAUGAAAAUGUGUUUGUGGGGGGAAAAAGAUUAUAAUAAAGAAAUGACUAAGAGGAUAAAAACCUUUAUAAUUUCAGGUUAAUAAACAGUAAAUUAUAAAUAGUCAGGUUCUCGGCUGUAAAUGUUGCACAUUCAGCCGAAGUGCAUAUGAAAAUGAUGCACAAAACCCAUUUUGCACACACAUAUUACACGAUAGUACAAUAAACUCCUUUUAAAGGGAUGGACUGAUUCAUUUUAUGGAAAAAGAGCAAUGAAUAGAGUAGGAGAAAAGAUUUUUAGUCUA